AAAGAACCACGGCAAAUACGAGUACAGUGUACAGCACACCAAAAAAGAUCCGACCAUGACAACAAUGACAAUGGAGCGCUCAUCGUUGUCGUCUUCCGAUCGGCUGUACUCGUUGCGAGACUUGCUGACUGGCGUAGUGGCUGGCUUUUCGUUCCUGUUUAUUGUGGCGUAUGUUGAUGAGACGUUUCUUCGACCAGCCCAUGCAGACCUUCAGGACGUAGUCGUCGGCCAUCGAUGGCUCCAGCAACAACAAGCCGAAGAAGCAUUGGAUUUUCGAGUCAUUGCCACUCGUACGGGCACUGAUAAAGUGUGGGGCGUCAAUGCAUGGGACAAGUGCAAGCAUGCCCCCGAAACCUGUGGCAACAAACCCCAAGUGGAAAAUCCAAAAUGUCGCGUGUUACAGGGACACUUUUAUCACACCAUUUACAAUAAAUGGCUCGCCGAGUAUUCCAGUAAAGAUGCCGAGCCCUUUCAGUUUCUAGAAAUUGGGUUCUUUAAUGGCCGCGGCUUUGAUGCGUACCGCGAGUUUCUUCCCAAUGCCGAAACACAUUCCAUUGAAAUUGCCUGUCUUCCCGUCGGUCCGCAAAACGAAGGAAAAUGGCCCUUUGGGAACUUUGCCGCCGCCAAUCCUCGCUAUCAGGAAUACUUAGAUACCAAUCAAUUGCAUUGUGGCGAUGGAUCCAAAUUCGAUUAUUUGCAAGAAGUGUGGACGACUCAAAUGCGUCGACCCGAUGCACCACCCCUCAAAGUGGUCGUCGAAGAUGCCUCGCAUUUGGCCAAACACAUGGCUCAAUCCCUCUUUUUUUGGUUUCCCCGGAUUGCACCCGGAGGGAUUUUGGUGGUGGAAGAUGUUCAACCCAUUAAUGAAGCCAAUCUGUUUCGGACCAAUACGCUACCCCAAGUGCUCAAGGAUUUGCAUUAUUGCGGUGGACCAGCCGACAAGCAUAUGAAAGACAAGGCGUGUUUUCCCACUAUUUGGCCCCUGCUUCAUUCCGUGCAUUGCGAAAUGCACAUUUGUGUCUUGGAACGAAAUCAACAUCCCGCCAUGGAAUACUCCAAGGAGGAAUCCGUCAAUCCACCCCAUGCACUCCAAGCCGGAAAGUGUCUAUUUCAUUCUUCCGAUUAGCUAGUAGUUAGGAUAGUAGCUAGAAGCAAGGGUGGGUACUGGUAAGCAUGUACUCGUAAUAAUUACCAUAGCAUACAUGCAUCUUUGUUUCCUGG